AUGUCUAUUCCACCCCAGCUCCAGCAGCAGCUGCGCUUGCUCAUCCGCGCAAACCACAUCCUACACCACCACGGCCUGGUGGAUGCGUUUGGCCAUAUUUCGGUACGACACCCGCUCAACAAGGACCAGUACAUCAUCGCAGCCUACGACCCCGGUGCGCCAGCCCUCGUGAAGAAUGUAAGCGACUUCAACUCGUACUGGGUGCGGGACUCGUCGCCCGUAGACAAGGACGCACCCCAAGGCUACAGCGAGCGCUUCAUCCAUGGCGAGAUUCUACGCAAAUUCCCAAAAGCAAACUGCGUCGUGCACUCGCACUCCGAGGACGUGAUACCUUUUACCAUUGGCCACGGACCCAAGCAACCACGGCCCGUUCGAGCCGUCUUCCACAUGGCAGGUUUCCUAGGCCACGACGGCGCUUCCGUCUUCGAUAUGGAGACGCUAUACGGCACCGCGAGAGCGCCGGCGGAGCGCGAUUUGCUCAUCAAGAAUGCCACGCUUGGCGAGGCUUUGGCGUCGCAUCUCAAUGCGGAGAGCCCCGUCGUCUUGCAGCACAAGCACGGCUUCACAACUUUUGGAGCCAGCAUCGAAGAGGCCGUCUAUCGCGCCAUUUACACACAGAAAAACUGCGUCUUACUGCAACGCGCCAUAGCCAUUGCGGGCGGGAAUGCCCAUGCAGUACAAUAUCUCAGCCCCGACGAGAUCAACGACUGUGCCGUUAUGAACAAAAAGACGCUGGACAAGUCGUUCCGCCUGUGGUUGCGGGAAGUCCAGGUCAACCCUCUGUAUCAGAAUGAAGAGGGGGAGCCAGAGAAAGGCAAAGUCGCGGGUAUGAAGAUGUAA